AUGCGUUUCCGUUGCCAUGCCAUUGCCCUGACAGGUGACAUCGAGAAAACGUUUCACAUGCUCCGCGUCGGUGAGGAUGACCGAGAUGUGCUUCGGUUUCUAUGGUGGGAUGAUCCGUUUUCAACAAACCGACAAAUCAAGGUUUUUCGGUUUGCACGCGUAAUGUUCGGCUUGACUUCAAGUCCAUUCCUGCUGAACGCAACCCUGAAACAUCAUCUGGACAAGUAUCAAGUUGAUGACCCUGAAUUCGUCAGCGUUGUGGGCGAUUCGAUGUCCGUUGACGACUUGGCUGCCGGAGGGGACGAUGAGGAAAGCGCAGUCACUCUCUACUCCAAGUUGACGGAGCGCAUGGGUGACGGUGGCUUCAACAUCCGCAAGUUUGCAUCAAGUUCUAUCUCCGUCCAGCAGCACAUCGACACCGCUGAAAAGUCAGCUUUGGUGACUUGCUCCAUAUCACCUCAGGAAGAUGACCUGACGUAUGCCAAGACAUCACUAAACAGCAGCAAGAACGACAAAGUUCUAGGCGUCAAGUGGAAUCGAGUGCACGAUGAACUAGUCGUGGACAUAGCAGCCAUCUUCGCCAAGCCGAGCACCCGAAUGACGAAGCGCGCAGUGUCAUCAGAGGCCGCCCGCAUCUUCGAUCCCCUCGGCUUAGUGUCACCCGUCACCAUAAAGUUGAAGUUGUUUCUGCAGCAGCUGCAUGUGGCCGGGCUAGAUUGGGACACCCCAAUAUCGCCACAAUUGGCUCAAGCGUGGACCGCUCUCGUCAACUCACUGCAGAACGCCUCGCCGAUACGAGUUCCUCAUCGCUACUGCAGCAGCACUAUCAGCAGUGGUCCGGUAUCUCUGCAUGGGUUCUGUGACGCUUCCCAGACGGCUUACGGUGCCGUGGUCUACUUGAAAGUAGAAAGUGACGAGGUGGCAGUUCAACUGGUCAUGGCCAAGACGCGGGUGGCCCCAACUGCCAAGCAGACAAUCCCGAGACUGGAACUGCUAUCAGCUCUGAUCCUAGCUCGCCUAAUGGCCACAGUGAGGCAAGCUCUAGAGAAGAUGAUUCUCAUCUCAUCUCUUCACUGUUGGACAGACUCGCAAGUCGCACUCGGGUGGAUCACCAAUGAGGAUCAAGGUGGAAACAGUUUGUCCAGAAUCGCGUGGAUGAAAUCCACCGACUGA